AUGGAGAAAGUUCACUGUUCAGAAAAGGUCAAGCUACUCACGCCCUCCCUUGGUGGAGACGAUCAGCUCGUCGCUGGGCGGCGACGCGCCCACCGCGUUGAAGGCGGUGAGGCGCACGCGGUACACCGACCCGCACGCCAGCCGCUCCAGCGCGUGCGCGCGCGCGUCGCCCGGCAGCCGCGUCUGCGACCACGCGGCCGAGUCCACGCGCGAGUGCUCCAUACCGGGCGAGCCUCAAUGCCACCAUCUCCCAAGUGGCGCACUCCAAGCACUCAAGACUGCCGACCUGUCAGCGGCACCUCCACCGGCUAGUACCAGGCCAGGCGCAGGGGCGUCGGCGCCUUUCACCUACGUGGCACGCUCAGACACUCACUUGACAGCAGCGCCUUCUCUGUGGGUGUGUUAGUGCCACCACCCCUUACGUGGCACGCUCCGAUACUACUGAGCUACUCCCUGCUGUCGGCGGCGCCCCCUAAGCCACACUACUGACAGUGGGUCUCCCCAGGGCGGCGCAUAACAAGCGAGGCCGAAUUGAGUGGGUGCUAUAGUCUGGUCGCUGAGCACGUACAAUUUUGU